AUGGCUAUUAAGUUACAAGAGUAUAAUGAACUUCCUCAAAGCUCUAAAAACUCAAUUCAAAAAUUAAUUUCAAAUAGAAAGCGUAUACUUUCUUUGGUUUCUAUAUUUGCUUUUUUGUUUCUGUUACUCACUCUUAGACCACACCCAUCGUAUUUUUUGAAAGCUGUUGAUGGCAAUGGGUCAUUAUGUCCCAAAAUAGAACCAAUGUCUCCAAGCUAUGUUAACAAUUCAAUUGAAAAAAUUUUGUAUGACCCAGAAUUCAAGGAAAAAUCCAUCAAGAAAUUCUCCGGUGCACUAAAAAUCCCAACUGUUGUUCAAGACAUUAAUCCUCCACCAAGUGAAGAUCUUGAAUUUUGGUCUGCCUUUUUCGAUUUCCACCAAUACUUGGAAAAAACUUUCCCAUUGAUAUAUGCAACUUUGAAAGUUGAAAAAGUUAAUGAAGUUGGUUUGUUGUACACUUGGGAAGGUACUAAUCCAAGUUUGAAGCCAAUGAUGUUAACUGCUCAUCAAGAUGUUGUUCCAGUUAACCCAGACACUUGGAAUGACUGGUCUUAUGGACCAUUCAGCGGCACAUAUGACCCAAUUACCAAUACCUUAUGGGGUAGGGGUUCUUUAGACUGUAAAAACUUGCUAAUUGCUGAAUUGGAAGCUGUUGAAGAGUUAAUUUCUAAUGGGUACAUUCCUGAAAGAACAGUUUUGUUAGCUUUUGGAUUUGACGAAGAAUCUAGUGGUGUGCUUGGCGCAUCUCAUAUUGGGCCUUUUGUUUUAGAAAGAUAUGGUAAAGAUGGCAUUUAUUCUAUUGUUGACGAAGGUUUUGGUGUUGCCAAGAUCAAUGAUAACUUAUACGUUGCCACUCCAAUUACUGCAGAAAAAGGAUAUGUUGAUGUCGAGAUUCAGGUAAAGGGACACGGCGGUCACUCAUCUAUCCCACCAAAGCACACUAAUGUUGGUGUUGCCGCCAAUUUUGUUUCCCUUUUAGAAUACCAUCCAUUUAAACCACAAUAUACUCCUUCCAACCCUGUUUGGAGCUUUUUGUAUUGUUUGGCUGAACAUGACGAAAACUUGACGCCGGCUGCAAAAAAAACUAUUUUGGCCUCUAAGGAAUCCAAAAAGGAACAAAAGAAAUUAUUAUCUUAUUUGAGUGACAUAUUUGAAUUCAAGGAAUUGAUUAGAACAUCUCAAGCUGUUGAUAUAUUCAACGGUGGGAUCAAAUCCAACGCUUUGCCAGAAGGUGCAACCGUUGUUGUUAACCAUAGAAUCGAAACAGGUUCUAAUGUUAAAGAUACUAUUGAUCAUGAUUUGGACAUAGCAACAACUGUUGCCAGAAAGUUUGGUUAUGGUUUAGUUUUCCAAGGCGAAACUUUAAUUCCAGAAACUCCCUUGGGCUUCAUUGAAGUUACUACCACCAACAAAUCCUUGGAGCCGGCUCCAAGAUCACCAAAAGAAGGUUCUCCUGUUUGGGAAGUUUUUAGUCGUACCAUUCAAGAUGUUUUCGGUACCUGGGUGUUCCGCGAUGGUGAUAUUGACUUUUAUGUUUCUGAAUCCCAAGCUUCUUUCAACACCGAUACCAGAUAUUACUGGGAUCUAACCAAGAACAUAUAUAGAUUUUUCGGCUCUGUUAUUACUGCGGAUCAAUUUAGUUUAUUUCAUUCAGUUAACGAGCAUAUUGAAUAUUCUGCUCAUUUGUCUGCCGUUGGUUUUAUUUAUGAAUAUAUUUUAAAUGUUAACGAGCACGCUAGUGGUGAGUCAUAG